AUGGAGGGGAAUGGAGAGAAUUUUGCUUUGGAAACGUGUAUUCGUCUAGCAGCCAAUCUCAUUUGUGUUUCAACAUUUCAAGGAUAUGAGCAUCGUUGGUGGAGGAUUUCUUCUGAUGAUCAACAAAGCCUUUCUCCGUCUAUACAUGGUUUGUUUGUUAUUUUAACUACCAGUGAUUGAACUUUUUGAUUUUUUCGUACCAACCCUACUCUUGGUCCGUUUCACAUUUCAAGGGGGUGGGGUGGAGGAGACAAAGAAUCCUGGCUUGGGGGCGAGGGGGAGGGAAAAUUGUUGUCUAUUACCCGUACUUUGCAACAUUUAUUUUUUGCUUGUACUCGUCCUUGUGCUACGAGCACCUAAUCACUAGUUAUUUAAAAAAAAAUUUUUCAAAGACCCGACUUUUCUUUAAGAUCAAAUUGAACGUCUUGCUCUCCUUCCUCUUUUCAAUAAAUCGUUAACUAUUUCUCCAUUACUUUCUGAAUUGGAUAUAUCUGCUCUCUUUAACCACGCAUUUUUUAAAUGUUGAAUUUAUUCGAACCGAGGAAGAAAUUAAAUUGUUAGAGGAAGAAACAGAAAAGUAUUAUUCAAAAGAAGAGACUGGAUGGCCUGUUGGAAUUAUGGAUGCUUCAAAACCAUUAAAUCGAUUUCAAGCUCCAGUUUUUCAGCACCACCAUCACAAUUACAACAACA